AUGCAGAGUCUAGUGCUGCAGGUAAUUGCUAUGAAGCAGAUUGACGGCUGAACCCUCGUCACCUGCUGGCAGCUGGUUAUUGGCACAAGGAGGACUGAGUGGUGCCCCAGGACAAUUCAUACCCGGCAGCUGUGGGGUUGCUCGACUCUCCCCAGUCUAGGUGGUCAACGGACCGCCACCAAAACCUGGUCUUUGCACCAGCUGCGUUUUAAAAGCAAGAGGAAAUCCCCUUCACAGACGGCACAGGAGCAGGACGAGGCAGAGGAGGAAACUGACCCAGAAGAGAGUGAUUAUGAAGAUGUAGAUCCUAAUUUACAGGACUAUAAAGACAUGGAGAAAUAUGUACCGUCUUUCCGCUAUGACGUCGUCUUAAAGGCUGGUUUGGAUUUGGCACGCAACAAAAUCGAGGAUGCCUUCUACAGCAACAAGCUCAGACUAAAUGGGCAGAAACUAAUCAAGAAAAGUAAAACGGUUAAAGUUGGGACACCUUGGACCUUGUGCUGUCAGAGAACAACGAUGCGAAAUACCGUUACGUUGAUGAGAGUCAUUCUCAGAAAGGUUUUAGGUGAAUCUAAUGAUGGAGAUAAGCACAAAGUUUUCCAUAAGGAGGUGGAAAAGCCUUGAACUUGCAAAGGAUGA